AUGCCAGGCACCGUGGCUGACGGACCAACGGUGUCCAUGUCCUUCGCGAAUAAUUUCUGGGGCAAAGAUGAUGCAGGCCUCCAGCCGAUGCUUGACCGGAUGCAUGCAUCGAAGGUGACAAGCGACGAGUUGAAGGUCUUCUACAAUUUACGAGCUGCGAUCGAAGAUGAAUACUCAAGAAAGCUCCAGGCCUUGUGCCGCAAAUCCUUGGGUUCGGCGGAAUCAGGGUCGCUUCGCUCCUCCCUCGACGUGGUGCGCGGGGAAACCGAGGCGAUCGCAAAAUCCCACGCUGCGAUUGCGGGUCAAAUGAAGACAGAGCUUGAGGAACCGUUGACGGCUUUCUCCAAGGGCAUCAAGGAGAGACGCAAGAUCAUCCAAGAUGGCAUUGAACGACUUCACAAAACAAAAAUGCAGCAAACACAGGUGGUCAACAAGAGUCGCGACCGCUUCGAGCAGGACUGUCUUCGAAUAAAAGGCUAUCUGGCUCAAGGCCACAUGGUGAUGGGUCAGGAAGAACGCAAGAACAAAGCAAAGCUCGAAAAAGCCCAGAUUCAGCUAGCCUCGAACAGCAGCGAGUACGAAGCUGCUGUCAAAGUGCUCGAAGAGACCACAGGUCGUUGGAACAAGGAAUGGAAGGCCGCCUGUGAUAAAUUCCAAGAUCUCGAAGAAGAGCGGUUGGACUUCACAAAAAGCAGUCUCUGGACCUACGCUAAUAUUGCGUCGACUGUGUGCGUGAGCGACGAUGCAUCAUGCGAGAAAAUCCGCCUCUCCCUAGAGGACUGUGAGGUCGAGAAAGAUAUCGUCACCUUCAUCAAAGAGCGCGGCACUGGCCAAGAGAUUCCGGAUGCCCCGCGAUUUAUCAACUUUUGUAAAGAGGAUGACGACGUGUCGGACAUUGACGAUGAUGGUUAUUCAGUAGCCCAAUUCCAGCGAACAAUGAACCCAUCCUUCCGCACGUCAUCGCCCCAGCCAUCGACAUUUGAGUCCCAUCACGAUCCCAAUUCGGAGCUUGCUGCCCAGAUGGGUCACCCGGCUCCUGAGCCUAACCAUCCAGACCCUCUUCAGAUGAGCCAACAAGUACCUCCUCAAAUGGAACAUCAGAUGCCUCCGCAGAUGGGUCAUUCCGCACCUCCUCAACCAAGCUACUCUAUGCCUCCGCAAAUGAACCACCCAGCUCCUCAGCAACCUAUGAACACGCAACCUCCAGCGCCGUUGGAUCUGCGCCGUGGUGGCUACCUGCCACCAAACUAUGAUCCUGAGCAACACGGCGAGAUCAACGCGGUUCCCCACAAUGCUUAUCCCACGGACGGGAUGACAAUGUUCUGUCGCACUGGACCCCCAUCAGGUCGAAGCUCAACAAGUGCUUAUCGGCCAUCUAGUCGCGAUUCUCAUAGCGAAAUUUCAAAUCCAACUUCCAUGUCCAGUGUCGAGGCUCCCGUCACGGCGCACAAGUCGCCUCCAAAGCCAACAAACAGCGCUCCGCUGCCAAGCCAGUCAGAGGACAAGUCGAUCCAAAAGAAAAAGAGUGCUUUCUUCAGCAACAGCCCUUUCCGUCGCAAGAGUCGUCAUGACAAGGAACGUCCGGUGAUAGGGGGACAAACUACUACUCGCAGCCCUUGGGCCUCUCCUUCCAAGCCAGCGAGCCCUACCAAGCAAGCACCACCUGCUCAGGCCGAAAGCCAGAGUCCUGAGCCUGUUGAUCCGCGAGCCAAUUUCCAGCUCAAUGUCGGCAAUAACGUGUUUGACGUCGCCUCCCCUGACAAGACAGCCAAGGCUACAAACGAACCGAAGCCAGCCGAAGACGAUAUGGACCCUAUUGCUCGUGCGCUCGCAGAAUUGAAGACAGGUGGGAAGCAAUCAACUCUGCGCGUGUCAGCGGAUCGAUAUCACGGUAUUCAGUCACCCACUCCAUCUGCUCCUUCCUCUGCGUACGGGGGCAGCACUUCUGGCGCCCCGCCUGCCUACAAUAACAACAGCAGCAGCAGCAGCAACAGCAGCAAGAACCCCCCUGUCAAAAGACUUGACGCACCCCAGCCUGCCUUUACGUCGAAGCAGAUGCAGAAAACCACACAGAAAUACACGGGCCAGACUCAGAGCAUGCUGCGUGGAGCAAACAACGUCCCCAAGGCGGCCCCGCCUGCGAAGACCGAAGUCCCUCGAGCUCGCUCACCUGCUUCUCAACGGACUGCAGCUCCUAGAGCUCAUUCUCCUGCACCCUCUCGUGGCACUGCUCCUCGAGCUCAUUCCCCGGCUCCUCCGCGCGGAGGUGUCCCUCGGGCUCGUUCGCCGGCUCCCCCGCGUAGUGCCAGUCCGCUGGUAUCAACGCCGCGCACCGAUAGCCGCAUGGGUGCUCAGUACAGUGGAGCUAAUAGUCCAGCACAGAGUCCCGGGGGCUAUCAGUCGAGCAGUAUGCGCAGUCGUUACAGCCAGUCUCCCCAGCCCCAGCGUGUUCAGGAGCCACCAUUCUCGCCCAGUGACUUUGCCCGCCGAGCCUCUCCAGCCAUGUCCAGCCGCGCCGUAUCUCCCCAGCCACAGUUUCGACAACAAGCACGUCCUUCGAGUUCCGGAGGCAUGGAACUGCAGCUGUCCAAUGCGCCGGUGGACAUGUAUGGCGUUGAUAGCUAUGGAAACGCACCCCGGCGUAGCGACAGCCGUCCCAUGUCACAUUUUGGGGACAUUAAUACACCCCCUCCUGUGGGGCGUUCUCGCAGUCGCACUCUUGCCGUUGCCGAGCCUGGCCGAAAGUUCAGCCGCGAUGGUAGGCCCAUACUUCACUUUGCGCGAGCCAUGUACAGCUACAGUGCUGCCAUUCCCGAAGAACUUGGUUUCACCAAGGGUGACGUCUUGGCCGUCAUCCGCCUACAAGACGAUGGGUGGUGGGAGGCUGAGAUCACCAACGCUAGAGGCCACCCUGGUCUUGUACCGAGCAACUACCUGCAAAUAAUCUAA